GGCAUGUCGCCAGGGCCUUUGGCGGUGUGCGGUCGCUCGCCUAUGACGUCAACUGCUCGGAGCUUAUCCGGAUGGGCGUUGGUGCCCAAGGCGCCUGCUUGAGGGCGCUCAGUGAUGAAAACGAACAGUUAGUCAAGAAGCUGAAAAAACUACAUAUUAAAAAUAAGGAACUAGAAAAGAAUCUGAGUCAGAUCCAAGAAAAACUACAUCUGCAGCAGUUAAUGCAUGACUAUGUCACAUAUAGAGAUGUUCAAGUUCAAACAGAAACCCAUUUGUUGCGUAAGGGUGGAUACAGCAAGGAUCUUAAUCUAGAGGGUGACAGUGUCAGACUACUUCAGAUGUAUAAUGAGCUACAGAAACGUUACGUUAAAGAAAUCAAAACAAACCAGGAGCAAAGUGAAGAAAUUAAAAAUCUUACUAUUAAAAUUCAUGAGCUAGAGCAUAAUCUUCGAGAACAGAGGCAGAGAAUUGAGCAAUUGGAAUCUAAAAAGGUUUCCUGGAAAACUGGUGCUGCUUCUGGAAAAAGAAGUCGAGCCCCAGAGGGAGAAGUAACAUCUUGCAGGAACGUGUCUAAAAAGAAGGAAUCCUGUUGCAGUGAAUAUUUAGAGCUAUUGUUGAAGGAGAUUAAAAAGCUGAAGAAAGAAAAUGAAAAGUUGUCUACAGAAAAGAAAGCACUAAAAAAUGAAUUAUCCGGAUUAGAUAAGGAGUUUUUUGAAGAGGUAGAAGAUCUAAAGCGUGCUGUACAGGAAUCCGUGAAACUGAAUAAUCAGUAUGAAAAAUGCUUGAAACAAAUAAGUAUAAUGUAUGGACUUCCUUUUACAUCACAUUUGUAACUACUGAUUAAUUUAAAGGCAAGUAGAUUUUCUACAUAACUUUUUUUGGUACUUACUACAACAUUUAAACCUCCCAUGACUCUGUAGUACCACAUUUUGAUAAUAUUAUGGAUCUCAAUAUGACAAGCUGCUCUGAAAUGCUUUUGUAUUUUGUGCCUUUGUUUUUAUUUUUUUUUUUAAAUAAACAGUGGUCUGUAUAACUUCAA